AUGACUUAUUCGCAUUUCGAAUGUUUUAUGCGCCUACCCGAAAUCUUUUUCAACGAAUCUGAUUUAUUUUGCCAAAAUGAAACAUCUAUCUUGACGUUGUAUGAAUCGGCUAAAUCGUUUUGCCAAACGGUUUUAAGAACCGAAUUAACCACAUCGGAUCUAGAAGAUUUAGAAAAAUUAAGUAAAUCUAUACUUGACAGAUUUGUUGAAAUGAGUCAAAAGUACCCUUCAAUGAAAUAUGAAGUAACUUUUAAACUUCAUAAGCUACUACAUUAUGGACAAAAUGCUAGGAGAUUCGGUCCGCUCUACCUUGGAUCGACGUUAAGGUAUGAGCGAUGCCAUCAAUCGUCCAAAAAAUAUGGGCGAUUGAUGGGUAACUGGAAAGCGCCCACAAUUACAUUGAGUGAGCGAAUGGCCUUAAGGCAAACAUUGGAGUCGUUAAAGCACGAAGUUUCACCAAAUUUAUUGAUCAAAGAAACAUCAAUAUCGGAAUAUGAUGCCAA